GUUUCUUCUUCUUCUUCUUCUUCUUCUUCUUCUUGGAUCUUACGUGAAAACCCGUCUCUAAAAAUCCUUCUUUUUCUCUUUUCUUUUGUAAUCUCCCGGAUCUGGUAAAAUUUGCUUACCGUGUGUAGGAAGCAAAUCAAUCCAUCUGGGAGGAACAUCGGAAUUUCCCAAGUUUAUUGUUUUUUCAUUCCCCAUUAGAUCUCAAUGGAAAACGAGACGAGUGUUGAGAGAGAACAACACAACAGUAAUCACGAAAAACCACCGCCAUGGAGGAAACAGAUCACGUUUCGUUCGAUCGUCGCGAGUUUGUUGAUCGGCGUCGUCUACAGUGUCAUCUGUUUGAAGCUGAACCUAACGACAGGUCUCGUCCCGAAUCUCAACAUCUCAUCAGCUCUUCUUGCCUUCGUCUUCCUCAAAUCUUGGACCAAAGUCCUCCAAAAAGCAGGAUUCGUCACUACUCCUUUCACUCGCCAAGAGAACACCAUUGCUCAGACUUGUGCUGUUGCUUGUUACAGCAUCUCUCUUGCAGGUGGAUUCGCGUCGUAUUUGUUGGGUUUAAAUAGACGAACUUACGAGCUUACGGGAGUGAACACGCAAGGAAACAACCCUCGUGGGAUCAAGGAGCCUGGUGUUGGAUGGAUGACGUCAUUCCUCUUUGUUACUAGCUUCAUCGGACUAGUUGUAUUAGUACCUCUUCGUAAGGUGAUGAUCAUAGACUAUAAGCUCACGUAUCCUAGUGGAACUGCAACUGCUGUUCUCAUAAAUGGAUUUCACACUAGCAAAGGAGAUAAGACAGCCAAGAAACAGAUUCGUGGGUUUAUAAAAUCGUUUGGAUUGAGUUUCUUUUGGGCAUUCUUUGGAUGGUUCUAUUCAGGUGGUGACGCAUGCGGUUUCUCUCAGUUCCCUACCUUUGGAUUACACGCUUGGAAAAAAUCAUUUUUCUUCGACUUUAGUAUGACAUAUGUUGGAGCUGGGAUGAUCUGUUCACAUUUAGUGAAUCUAUCUUUGCUCUUCGGUGCAAUCCUCUCUUGGGGAAUAAUGUGGCCUCUGAUAGCUCAGCUUAAAGGCGAAUGGUUCCCUGCUACUUUGCCUGAGAGCAGCAUGAAGAGUUUAAAUGGCUACAAGGUGUUUAUAUGCAUUGCAUUGAUCUUAGGAGAUGGGCUUUAUAACUUCCUAAAGAUACUUCUUUUCACUGGAAGAAGCUUCCACUCUAGACUCUCCAAAACCAACAGCAUCAACACAUUGGCAGAGGUUCCAGAAGAUGCCACAAAGGAAUCCGAAAGCAUGAAACGAGAGAACGAAGUAUUUGUUAGAGAGAGCAUUCCUCUAUGGAUGGCUAGUGCAGGAUACUUAUUCUUCUCCCUUGUCUCCAUCAUAGCAAUCCCUCUGAUGUUCCCUCAGCUGAAAUGGUACUUCGUCCUCGUAGCUUACCUCCUUGCACCAUCUCUCAGCUUCUGUAACGCCUACGGGGCUGGCUUAACCGACAUGAACAUGGCUUACAACUACGGUAAAGCGGCGCUCUUUGUGAUGGCUGCAUUGGCUGGAGAAAGCGAUGGAGUAGUGGCAGGAAUGGUAGCUUGUGGUCUCAUAAAAUCAAUCGUCUCUGUCUCAGCUGAUUUGAUGCACGAUUUCAAGACAGGACAUCUUACGCUCACAUCUCCACGCUCGAUGCUUGUAGCUCAAGCCAUCGGGACAGCCACUGGCUGUGUGGUUGCGCCGCUCACUUUCUUCCUCUUCUACAAGGCGUUUGAUGUUGGAAACCCGGAUGGUGAGUACAAGGCUCCUUAUGCUAUCAUCUAUAGAAACAUGGCCAUUAUCGGUGUUCAAGGUCUCUCUGCUCUCCCCGAGCAUUGUCUCGAGCUUUGCUAUGGUUUCUUUGCGUUUGCUGUUGCUGCUAACCUGGCGAGAGACCGAUUGCCAGAGAGGCUAGGUAAGUGGAUCCCACUCCCGAUGGCUAUGGCUGUGCCGUUCUUGGUUGGUGGGUCGUUUGCAAUCGAUAUGUGUGUUGGGAGCUUUGUGGUGUUCGUUUGGAAGAAGGUGAACAGUAAGAAGGCAGAGUUUAUGGUUCCGGCUGUUGCAUCAGGUUUGAUAUGUGGAGAUGGUCUCUGGAUUCUUCCUUCUUCAUUGCUUGCUCUGGCUAAAGUUCGAGCACCAAUAUGUAUGAACUUCACGGCAGCUCACUAGGGCAGUGAGAUUAUUCUCAGAGAGAAACCAAACUCAUUUGGUGGAGAAAUGUAUACUAGUUGUUGUUAGGUUAGGAGUAGACAGUUAAAGAAGAUUAAACCAAAUAUACAUGUAUUAAUAAUUUUGAAUAAGAAUGAAGAGAAAGAGUUGGUUA